AUGGUACCUAGCACUUCUGAAGAUCCUUUUCACAAAAUUAUUUUAAAAUAUAGUUCUGAAAAAUCAGAAUUCUUAAAAGAAACUUCUUCUCAAUACGGAUACAAUGGCAGAAUUGAUUCUAUACGUGAAAAUGAAUAUUCACAACUGAAAGGAUCCGUUUAUCUUGAUCAUUCUGGUGCGACUGUAUAUGCAAAAAGUGUCGUAAGUUCCUUCGCUAAUGAUCUUACAAAUAAUCUUUUUGGAAAUCCUCAUUCGUACAAUCCCAGUUCUCAGCUUACUUCUCAACGAGUUGAACUAAUUCGAGCUCGUAUUCUGAAACAUUUUAACGCAAAUCCUGCCGAAUAUCAAGUUAUAUUUACUCAAAAUGCGAGUGCUGCUAUUAAAUUGGUUGGUGAAGCUUUUCCUUGGACCCAUGGUCAAAGUUCUUUCAGAUAUUUGAGAGAAUCUCAUAAUAGUGUGAUAGGCUUAAGACGUUUUGCUGAAGAAAAUAAUUCUCCUAUUAUUCAAGCUAUAACUGAAAAGGAUUUAGAAUCAUCUUUUAAAAAUAUUCAUGAAUAUCCGAUUAAUGAUAAUUUACAUUCUGAAAUAAAUCAAGAUGUUGUAUAUAAUCUUUUCGCUUAUCCUGCACAAUGCAACUUUUCUGGGCAAAGAUUUCCACUCAAAUGGACGCAAAUGAUUAAAAGAUUAAAUUCUGAUAAAUCAAAGGUAUUGGUCUUGCUUGACGCUGCUGCUUAUGCAGCAACUUCUUCAUUAUCAUUAGCUGAUAAGGAUACAUCUCCAGACUUCGUUGCUAUCAGUUUUUAUAAAAUUUUUGGAUUUCCCACAG